GCGAAUCCCGGUAAUUGCGUUUGCGUGUCAACAAUAGUUCCUUUCCAGAACCCAUGAAAAAGAAAGAUCAAACAAAGAUGUUUUUUCUUUUUUUUAAAGAAGAAUCAAACAAAGGUGUGUUACGUAUGUAUAAAAACGAAAAGUCCAAACGACGGUAUGGACAGUAUGGUCUAUAGACUAAUGUGAAGCCGUAAAUAACUUCAAAAUCAAAGGGCGGUCGUCAACUAAACUGAAAUCUGAAUAUCCGGUCCCAUUCAAAGUACAUGUUUAUUUUUCACACCAAACAGAACCUAUAAAAAUACCAGCUCUUAGUACUAAACCACGAGUCUACUAAUACAAUUUUAUAUAUAUAAAAAAGUUCUAAGCAUCUCUGUAUUUUUGUUUUAGCUCCAAUGGCUUCGGUAGAGUUGGAAGAGUCUCCAUCGGAGACUGUACGGAAAGUGGAAGUAAGCGGAGGAGGAGGAUCGAAGACGAGCGAGAAGAGUAAGAAGAAGAAGAAGAAGACGAAGAAGGAGAAGGAGAAGGACAAAAACGGUGCGUAUCGUUAUUAUAUGUCGAAGCUAGGAUUUGGAUGUGUGAGGCUGAGAACAGAGUAUGAUAAGGAAGGCAAUUUUGACAUGGAAGUUGUUGAUGGAGAUGGACAGCGUCGCAAUCCUACUCACCUUGUUAUAAUGGUUAACGGUCUCAUUGGCAGUGCUGAAAAUUGGAGAUAUGCUGCAAAGCAGUUUUUGAAGAAGUAUCCUGAAGAUGUUAUAGCUCACUGCAGUGAAUGUAAUCCUUCAAAGUUGACAUUCGAUGGUGUUGAUAAUAUGGGAGAUAGAUUAGCAGAAGAGGUUAUAUCAGUUAUAGAACGUCACCCAGGAGUUCAGAAGAUUUCAUUUGUAGGUCAUUCAUUGGGUGGCCUGGUAACAAGGUAUGUGAUUGCCAAGCUUUAUGGACGAGAUGUCAGGAGGGAAUUUGCACAGGAAAAUGGAGAGUGUAGGAGUGAUGGAUCUAAGAAUCCAUGCCCAGAGGAGAAAUUCAAAGGCAAAAUUGCUGGACUGGAGCCGAUGAAUUUUAUAACCUUUGCAACACCUCACCUUGGUUCAAGAGGGCAUAAACAGGUUCCUGCGUUUUGUGGCUUUUAUACCAUGGAAAAAGUAGCAUCCCGGGCAUCUUGGUUGCUUGGUAGAACUGGAAAACAUCUAUUUUUAGCUGAUAAAGAUAAUGGAAAACCUCCCCUUCUUCUUCGGAUGGCUAAUGAUUGUGAAGAUCUUAAAUUUAUAUCUGCUUUGCAGUCCUUCAAGCGUCGUGUCACCUAUGCAAAUAUACGAUAUGACCACCUUGUGGGAUGGAGUACAUCGUCUCUACGGCGACGAGAUGAGCUACCAAAGCUUCGCCAUCUUUCUAAAGAUGACAAAUACCGGCAUAUUGUAAAUGUGGAGACAGCAGAAACUUCCAGUCGACAACAAGAAGUCCUCUCGGAGGCCAAAGCCAAGAACAUUGACUUAGAAGAGGAAAUGUUAAGGGGUUUGACUAAAAUGACCUGGGAACGGAUUGACGUCAACUUCAGUGGAACUAAACAAAGAUAUCUUGCGCACAGUACCAUUCAGGUGAAUAGAUACUGUAUCAAUUCUGCUGGGGCUGAUGUGGUCCAUCACAUGAUUGACAAUUUCUCUUAUAAUAGCUGUCAACUUGUUAUUAAUAUUGUUCCUAUCUGGGGUUAUGGACUUAUAGGGAAGGGAGAAAGGAUUUAGAUGUUCCAGGUGAUCUUGGCAUGACUUGGAAUUUCAAAAAUCCGGAAGGGUUAAAAGGGGUUAGACAGGCCAUGUGAGGGAAAUUUUAGGUAUGAUGUUGUAAGUUCCAUUUACCAUCACCGAGAGAGGAUGUUAUCCCAAAAGAGAAGCUGGUAAAUAUACACACGAAUGUAAUAGUUUAAGUUAAUACUGUGGCAGGGAAGAGAGAGAGGAUGUAAUCCCAAAAAAGAAGCUAGUAGCUACACACGUAUGUAAACAGUUUAAUAAGUUAAUUCUGUUGUAGAAAUAUGUUUCUGAAACAUAAUAACAGAUGAAGAGAAAGGAUUAGUUCUCCCAAAUUGUAGGUUGUUAUGUGCUUGCAGUUAGAUUCCAUUUUACAAUAAAGUUUUAGAUUUUUUCUAAACAA